GUAUGUUGUAAUGGGGCUAGGCACUCAUGUCAGGCUAUAAAGCCCCCGUUGAUAGUUUUCAGCAGGACCUUCCUGCACGGUUCAUUCAGAAAACAUGCACCUUUCAGCCAUUCUCCUCCUCCUCUCAUUCACGGCGAUGGCCGGGAGCUUUACCAUGAAGUCGCUGGUAUUCCCCAGCGAGACGAGCACCAGCUACGUUGAGAUGGUUCCUUUGAAGCCAUUGACUCUGACAUCAUUCACUCUGUGCAUGCGUGUGGCCACGGAGCUCAGCGGCGAGCGAGAGGUCAUUCUCUUCGCCUACCGCACCCAAGACUUUGAUGAGCUGAAUGUGUGGCGUGAGCUGGACGGAAGAUUGUCCUUCUACUUGAGCGGAGACGGUGUUUUUUUCAAAGUCCCUGAGCUUGGCGCCCUGGAGACUCACCUGUGCUUCACCUGGGAUUCCAAAUCAGGUGCAGCCGCCGUCUUCAUGGACGGGAAGAGGAGCUUGACCAAAAUCUACAGGAAGGGUUUCGCUGUCCGUGCGGGGGGCAAGGUCAUCCUGGGACAAGACCCCGACUCUUUCCUGGGUGAUUUUGACGCCAAACAGAGUUUUGUCGGCGAGAUCUACGACGUAAACAUGUGGGACUUCGUUCUGACAGACAGGUCCAUUGAAGACCUGGCCUCUGGGAAGAGAGUAGAAAGGGGGAAUGUUUUUGAUUGGGAGACCACAGAGCUUAAAAUUAACGGGGAUGUAGAAGUUGUCAGUCAGGAGCUGUAGCGUUAUUGCACAUUCACAGGAAAUAACAAUAAGUUACACUGUGUUUUUUCUUGUUCAAUAAAAGCGGACAUCAAUCAAG